AUGUUCCAAUUAUCAAGGCGUUUGUUGGCGAGCUCCCCUGCUGCUGUGAUUGUCUUAUUGAUUGAGCAUAUUGCUAUCUCGAAAUCGUUCGGUCGCGUCAACAACUAUACAAUCGACCCAUCGCAGGAGUUUAUUGCCAUUGGUGUAUCGAACCUACUAGGACCUUUCCUAGGUGCAUACCCAGCUACAGGGCCAUUCUCGCGAACUGCUAUCAAAGCGAAGUGUGGCGUACGCACUCCCCUCGCGGGUUUAAUCACUGCCGUUGUCGUCCUUCUUGCCAUAUAUGCACUGCCAGCGUUGUUCUUCUUCAUUCCCAAAUCGUCCUUGUCGGCUGUGAUUAUCCAUGCAGUGGGUGAUCUCGUCAUGCCUCCCCAUAUCACCUAUAAAUUCUGGCGUAUAUGUCCAAUUAACGCACUCAUCUUCUCCAUGGGCGUUAUCGUAAUCAUAUUCUCAACUAUCGAGAUCGAAAACUACUGCACAGUCGGCGUAUCACUGGCAGCGCUCCUCUUCCGACUCGCCAAAGCCCGAGUCCAAUUCCUUGGCUACGUUCAAGUGCAUUCAGUCGUGGGUGACCAUAUCCUCAACGGGGACCCAAGCACAGAACUCGAAUACGAUAUCGACAGGUCCCGAGAAGUCUACCUCCCAACCGAACACGAAGGUGGCACAAACCCCCAAAUCAGUAUCCACCAACCAGCCCCAGGAAUCUUCAUCUACAGAGCCUCCGAGGGCUUCAACUACCCCAAUGCAAACCACUACACAGACCAUCUAGUAGCCACAUCUUCAAAGAAACCCGGUGUACAAACCCGCAAGCAUGGGAAACAACAGGUGACAGACCCUGCCUGGAAUGACCCAAAUCCAACCCGUGCCGAACGCAAAAUUCUCAUGGCAGAGGAAGCACCCACCUCCCCACUCCCAACUCUCCGUGCCAUAAUUCUCGAUUUUGCCGCCGUCAACAAUGUAGACGUCACAUCCGUGCAGAACCUCAUCGACGUCCGCAACCAACUAGACCGCUGGGCAUCCCCAGACAGCAUGGACAAGCGUGCUCUCGCGGCCGCUGGGCUCGGGCUCCCCGCCGCUUCAGAUGGGUCAGGUCCUCGAUUGCAGAGGUUGAUCUUUAACGUUGCGGAGAUCCUGGAUGGCAGUCUACCCGGCUCAGAGGCUCAGUCUCGGGUCAUCGGGUUGAAGGAGGACUGGUCGAAGGAUGUAGAGGCUACGAAGGUUAACACUCGUCGUCGAAGCAGUCGAUCUGGUGUCGGGACUGGUAUGGCUGUUGUCAAUGGGAUGAAUCGGCCUUUCUUCCACGUGGAUCUGACUAGUGCUCUGGAAAGUGCUGUGGCUGAUGCUUAG